CUUCGAGAGUCAUCACAAUGAAGGCUUUAACUACAGCUAUCCUUUUGUUCUUUGUGUUAAUGGCAUUCACUGUUGAGGCUGAUGCUGGAAGUUUCAAUUUGUCCGGGUCUUUUGAUCCUGGUUUUACGAUUGGACGCGGUCAUCAUAACCGAAAAUCCAGAUCCCAUGUACGCGGUGAGAAAGGAGAGGAAGAUGCGGCUAAUGAUGCCCCGAAGCCAGAUGAAGUCCAUAAUUUCGAUGUACCCGAGGUGUUUACCCAAGCAGGAGAAGCGAGUGACAACGAUGGAAAUGAUGAGCAACCGACCCGUCAUCAUGGAGGCUCUCAUCGCCGCAGCCGCAAACAUUAAAUAGAAAUUACGAUUUAUUUAAAUCUAUUAUGAUUUAUUAUUACUAGUAAACAGCGCCGAAUAUUA